ACCUGACGUUCCGCACAAUGCAGGUGGAGGAGUGCCGGCAGGUCCUGCGCAGCCUGGAGACCCACUACCAGGAGUUCUUGCGGGACAGCCAGGACUCGCAGAGCUUCCAGCCUGACGACCGGCUGCACGUGGAGCGCGAGUACAACGCCUGCACCCAGAAGUAUGAGCUGCUGCUGCGCAGCCAGGAGAAAGGAGAGCAGGACGAGUCCCUGUGCAAGAACUACAUCUCCCAGCUGAAGGACAUCCGUCUGCAGCUGGAGGGCUGCGAGACCCGCACCAUCCACAAGAUCCGCCUGCCCCUCGACAAGGACCCGAUCAAGGAGUGCGCCCAGCGCAUCACCGAGCAGCAGCAAAUCCACCUGGAGCUGGAGGGCAUCAAGAAGAACCUGGACAAGGUCAGCGAGAAGACAGAGAAGGUUCUGGCCCAGCCAGAGCAGGCCAGCUCGGCCCCCGUCUUGCGCUCAGAGCUGGAGAUCACCCUGCAGAAGAUGGACCAGGUGUACAGCCUCUCCAGCAUCUACCUGGAGAAGCUGAAGACCAUCAACCUGGUGAUCCGCAGCACUCAGGGGGCAGAGGAGCUGGUCAAGAAGUACGAGGACCAGCUGAAGGACGUGCAGACCGUGCCGGCUGACCUCAAGGAGCUGGAGGCCAGCAAGGCUGAGCUGAAGCGGCUACGUGCGCAGGCGGAGGGGCACCAGCCCUUCUUCAGCACGCUGGAGACCGACCUGAGCAAGGCCAAGGACGUCAACGAGCGGAUGGUCAGGGGCCACAGCGAGCGUGACGUGGACCUGGACCGCUACCGGGAGAGAGUCCAGCAGCUGCUGGAGCGCUGGCAGGCCCCUGACCCAGACAAGGAUCUCAAGACCGUGAGGGAGCAGCUGCUGCAGGAGAAGAAACUCCUGGAGGAGUGUGACCGCAACAAGGAGAAGGUGGAGGAGUGCCAGCGCUACGCCAAGCAGUACAUUGACGCCAUCAAGGUGCGCCCGCUGGCCGUGCCUGCUGGCUCCGGGCUGGCCUCCCCCGGGGGUGCCGGGGCAGGCAUGGGGCUGGGGAAGGGCAGCCCAGUGCUGGGCGGUCCCGAAGGCAAGCGGGGGGUGGAGCCGGUGGCCUCUCCAGCCAAGAAGCCCAAAGUGCAGUCUGCGUCCGACAGCAUCAUCCAGGAGUAUGUGGACUUGCGGACACGGUACAGCGAGCCGACCACCCUCACGAGCCAGCACAACAAGGUCAUCACAGAGACGCUGCGGCGGCUGGAGGAGGAGGAGGGGAGCGGCAUGCGGGCACGUGGGGUGGCAUGA